AUGAUAGUGCUGGUGUAUGUAGAUGACAUGCUAGUCACCGGUACCCAUCUGUACCUAAUUGAAGAGACAAAGACAAUACUACAACAAACAUUAAAAAUGAAAGACUUGGGAGAGUUGAAGUACUUUCUAGGAAUAGAGUUUUCCAGAUUUGUAGAUGGGAGUCUUAUGCAUCAAAGAAAAUAUGCUUUAGAGUUUAUCUCCGAACUUGGGCUUGGAGAAGCAAUAGCUACUCCAGUAGAAGUGAAUGCAAAGCUGACUACCAAGGAGUAUGAUGAUCAUCUUGGUGCUUCAAGUGAUAUUGCAUUUAGUGUGCAGAUGCUAAGCCAGUUUCUACAGCAACCAAAGAGUUCACAUGUGGAGGCAUCAAUCAGAGUUGUUAAAUAUGUCAGGAACCAUCCUGGACAGGGCAUAUUGAUGUCCAACAAAUCCACAGGCACAUUGGAGGCAUUCUGUGAUGCAGAUUGGGUUGUUUGUCAACAUUAUAGAAGAUCUGUAACAUGA